AUGAAUGGAGACAGGCAGGUGCCUUACAAUGCCAUCCACAAGAGCCAGCAUGCUAGUCUCCAGGAGGAAGCUUCAUGUCCCAUCUGUCUGGAGUAUUUCACAGAACCUGUCACUCUGGAGUGUGGGCACAAUUUCUGCCGAGCCUGCAUCAGCCAGUGCUGGGAGGGAUCCACUACAGCCAUCUCCUGCCCUCAGUGCAGAGAAAUUGUGCAACAGAGAAACCUCAGGGUGACCAGGCAGCUGGAAAAUGUCGUAGAAAUCGCCAAACGGCUGAGUUUACAGGCAACAAAGGGAACAGGAGGGGAUGGGGUGUGUGGGGAACACCAGGAGGCUUUGAAACUGUUCUGUGAAGAGGAUCAAACCCCCAUCUGUGUGAUCUGCAGAGUCUCAGGCUCACUGCGCUCACUCUGUGGUUCCCGUACAGGAGGCCACCCAGGACUCGCCCUCACCUGCAUCAUUCUGUAUGGAAGAGUAUCUGGAAAACAAGAUAAAGAAAUAAGCAAACUACAUACAGAAAUUGGCAAACAAGAUAACAAAAUAAUGAAUGUGACUCUGGAUCCUGACACGGCUCAUCCCCGACUUAUCAUGUCUGAGGAUCGGAAAAGUGUGAGAUGGGGAGACACACGGCAGGAUCUGCCCGACAACCCUGAGAGAUUUGACUUGGAUCCCUGUGUGCUGGGCUGUGAGGGAUUCACCUCGGGGAGACAUUGCUGGGAGGUGGUGGUGGGGGUUGGGCGAUUCUGGGCUGUGGGGGUGGCCAGAGAGUCUGUGAGGAGGAAGGGAGGGAUCAGCCUCAGCCCUGAUGAGGGGAUCUGGGCUGUGGAGCGGUGGAGGGAUCAGUUCCAGGCUCUCACCUCCCCUGAGAUCCCCCUGCCCCUGAGCCAGAUCCCCAGCAGGAUUCGGGUUUGUCUGGACUGUGACCAGGGGCAGGUGACAUUUAUCGAUGCUGGUGACGAGGCCCCGAUCUUCACUUUCCCACCAGGCUCUGUCCCUGGGGAGAGAAUCCGACCCUGGCUCUGGGUGGGGUGGGGAUCCCGGAUCAGACUGUGUCCCUGAGACUGGGGACCCUGAAAUUAGCAUCUCUAGCCUCACAUUCCCCAGUCUCUAUGACUCUGUAGGACUCUACCCAUCUACCCAGCCUCUGGGACCUCAUCUCUAUGACCCCUGGAAGCUCCUCCCUCUCUCUGCAGCCCCAGGGAUGGGGGGGGAGGGGGCGGGGUGUGAAGAACCCUGGGGCUGCAG